AUGCCUCAUGCAGAGUCACCAGAGCCCCAACGAAUAAAUGGCGAGAAGCUUUUUGUUAAUGAUGGGCCGCUGACUCCUGGAGAGAUUGGGAGCCUCAAGCCAACAACGAUUGACACUCCUAUCGAAGAAGCUCGCCGACGCUAUCAAGAGGAUGGGUACCUCUUCUUGAAAGGACUGUUACCUCGUGACGAUGUCUUGAAAGCUCGAGAGGAGUACUUCAAGUUGCUCUCCCCCAGUGGAGUCUUGAAACCUGGAACUAGUCCCGUCGAUGGCAUUUUCGAUUCAUCAAAGGAUAAACUGGACUUUCCUGGAAUUGGAGCCGGCUCUGCAGAUUCCAAUGGUCGUCCCACAGGGCCUCAUCCUGAGGUAGCAACCAUGUUCGUUGAUCUGGCACUUCAGGCUCACACUGAGCCAUGGUAUAAGGAGAAAUUUUGCAAACAUCCGGCUCUGCGCGACUAUAUCGCCAGAUUAACCGGUUGGGGAGAAAAUACCCUUGGUGUUCGGAGAACACUACUGCGAAACAACACUCCGGGGAAUAAAGCCAUCGGUGUCCAUUACGACCAAAUAUUCUUGAGAUAUGGAGACGACUCGGCAGUAACUGCCUGGGUCCCGAUUGGGGAUGUCUCGAAACAAGGGGGUGGAUUGAUAUACCUGGAGAAAGGACAUACCCUUGGCGCAGAGAUUGAAGAGGAAUUCACCAGGAAAGCCAAAGCUUCUGGACUGACCGACGAAGAAGCAAAGAACGCGUUUAAUCAGAAUAUGAUGUCCGGAGGCAUGCUCGCCGAUGGCCCUGCCGAAUUUGCACGAAGAUAUAAUCGACGUUGGCUGCUGACCGAGUACGAAGCUGGCGACGUGGUUCUUCACAAUUCCUAUGCGAUCCAUGCAUCAACCAUCAACCAUGACCCCGAAGAUAAGAUUCGACUCGGAACAGAUCUGAGGUUUGUCGACAACAGUCGUCCAUGGGACACUCGUUGGGGGAACGACUACCGGUUCAAUGAUGGUGUUUGA